AUGAAUUUAAUCGAGUUUUUCAUUUCGUGCCAAAUAUUCAAAGAGAUCUUAGAAUGCGUUCAAUAUCUACACGAAUUGAAUCCACCGGUCAUUCAUCGAGACCUUAAACCCGACAAUAUUUUGUUGGCCACACCGGAGUCAAGUGAGCAGGGUCGGUGUUUUAAACUGUGCGACUUUGGUCUGGCUGCUGUUCACGAUAUUGCCGGCGCUAAACAUACCGGCGCUGUCGGCACUUUAAGAUAUAUGGCACCGGAAGUUAAAUUAGCUAGCAAAUAUAGUAACAUGGCAGAUAUUUAUAGCGUGGGAAUUGUAGCUCACGAUGUAUAUGGUUGGCGAUAACAAGCUUGAUACAAUUUAUGGUGACAGCAAAUUAUACAAUCAUAUAGUUACCAUGGAUAAUUUAAUGCAACAAAUGAUUUGCUUAAUUCCCGAUAAAAGAAUUUAUAUAAACAAGGCACUGUCAGUAUUUGAUAAUUUGACAAGUAAAAUAGAUGAUUUUAAAAAUGAUACUUGUUACGAUUUAAUAACAAAGCCUCAAUUUAAAAAUGAAGAUGACGAACGAUUUGCCUUGGUGCAUUAUGUUUGGCUUCAAAAGCUAGGUUUUAUUAAGAAAUAGGUGUCAAAAUAGAUUUUUUACCAGGUACACAUUUUAAAUUAUAUUU